AUGGGUACAAUGUCAAAUAAGUUGGGUCAUUUUUCUUAUCUUAUGAGGGGCCUCUAUACCUAUUACAAGUUUGCCUUUGGUUUUGAUAAUUCAUCGGAGACUUAUAAGGUUGUAAUGUUAACGUUGGAUGUAGUUGAAAAUAGAACUCAUGUGCAAGUUUUGAGUGUGGGUGAUAAUAUUUGGAGAACUAUUCAAAGUUUUCCUGCGGUUCCUCUUCCUAAUUGCUAUAAAAAUCAGGGUGGGAGUGAUGGUGUGUAUUUGAAUGGUCGUCUUAAUUGGUUGGCCAUUCAGGAUCGUCUUGUUAGUGUUUAUGGUUGGGAGGAGAAUAUUAAGGCUAAGGAAUUUGCGAUUGUUUCACUUUAUACGGAAACAAAAUCAUUCACGCGGUUGAUGCCUCCUCGUGGUUUUGAUGAAAUGUCAAAUGUUAAGCCGUCUGUAUGUAUAUUGAAGGGCUCCUUGUGCUUUUCUCAUGAUUUCAAAAGAACUGAAUUCAUUAUGUGGCAGAUGAAAAUAUUCGGAGUUGAAGAGCCUUGGACUCAACUUCUUAAAAUUAGUUACCAAAAUCUUCGGACUAGAUUUCAUGAUUUUGCUGACUUGGAAUAUUGUCAGUUGUCGCCAUUGCACCUUUAUGAUCAAAGUGAUACACGAAUAUUGGCCAACAAUCAAGAACAGCGAGCAAUUCUAUAUAAUUUGAGGGAUAAUACAGCAAAGAGAACUAAAAUUAUCAAUGAAAUACAUUGGUUCUCUGCCAAGGUUUACGUUGAAAGUUUUGUUUCUUACAUUUAG